CUGCAGCUGAAAGAAGCCCUGAGUAGCUUGUCUCAUUCCCAGUGUGCAGCUCAGCAAGGGGUCCGUCCUCUCUGUCACUGUCUCUUUUGCCUGUUGUAAUUCCGUCUGCCUCUCUCUGACUCUGCCUGUCUCACUUUCUGUUUGUGCUCUCCUCACCCUUAUUCCUUCAGCUUGAAUCACAGCCCCUCUGUCUUUCUGCCCUCAUGCAUUUGUCUUUGUUGCGCUGUCUUUCUGCCUUGACACCAUCCCCUUUCCCAGUGCCUUCCCUCUACUUCUAUAAGGCUUAAUUGCUUAGGCAGGGAAAUAGAGGCUAAGGGCCUCUCUCCUGGCUUCCCUCUUCAUCUUACUGAGCCUGCCAGUCAGGAGGGCUGCGGGUCCUGCAGCCGUGGGUGGCCUACAGCCAAAGGAGGGAGGAGCCCAUCCGGGCGGGAUUGGCCCUAGGUCCACCUCAAAAAGCCUGGGGCAAGGGGCGCGACGCGUUCUGGAUGAACCCUGGAGGGCCUGUUUGGUCCCACAGACCCCACAGGCUCAGCAGGGAUUUGCGGUGUCAUGCCCCGGAGCCCCCGGACCGCGCCGAGCUGGGCGCUGUUGCUGCGGCUGCUGGCACUGCUGCGGCCGCCAGGGAUGAGCGAGGCGUGCAGCUGCGCCCCUGCGCACCCCCAGCAGCACGUCUGCCACUCAGCGCUCGCCAUACGGGCCAAAAUCUCCAGUGAGAAGGUAGUUCCUGCCAGUGCAGACCCCACUGACACUCAAAAAAUGAUCCGGUAUGAAAUCAAACAGAUAAAGAUGUUUAAAGGGUUUGAGAAAGUCAAGGAUGUUCAGUAUAUCUAUACACCUUUUGAUUCCUCUCUCUGUGGUGUAAAACUAGAAGCUAACAGCCAGAAGCAAUAUCUCUUGACUGGUCAGAUCCUCAGUGAUGGAAAAGUCUUCAUCCAUCUGUGUAACUACAUCGAACCUUGGGAGAACCUGUCCUUUUUGCAGAGAGAAAGUCUGAAUCACCACUACCAUCUGAACUGUGGCUGCCAAAUUACCACCUGCUAUACAGUGCCCUGUACCAUCUCCGCCCCCAAUGAGUGCCUCUGGACAGACUGGCUGUUGGAACGGAAGCUCUAUGGGUACCAGGCCCAGCAUUAUAUCUGCAUGAAGCAUGUCGAUGGCACCUGCAGCUGGUACCAGGGCCGCCUGCCCCUCAGGAAGGAGUUUGUUGACAUCAUCCAGCCCUAGUAUGGGCCAAUGACCACCGCUUUCCUUCAAGAGUCCUGAAGCCUAAGCCAGUUCUCCUUCCCUGUGGAGCUCUGGCCGUCACCACCUGUUUCAUCACUGCCAGCCAAUGGGAAGUACCAAGUAGAUGAUCUGGCUAGUGUUAGGGCAGGGAUGGGGCUUGUUACAACUUGUAUCCAAAUACCAUCCCAGAACCUGUCAAAGGCCAGGAAAAGUCACUUGACUUUUCUAGCCUGCCUUUAGCUCAUCUCCCCUGCUUCCCAAACCCUUUCAGUCUAGCUAAGCCCUGCUACUGAAGUUUUGAUUCUGGCUUAGUUUAUUUUCUAUAGCCAGAACUAUUCACUUUUCUCCCUGGGAGAAUGUGUUUUCUCUUACUGUAACUGAUCUGAUAAGGGAGAAAUGGUGAUUAUUAUACAUAUGAGAUGAUGUGGCCUUGUGAUGUACAAUACCAGAAGGUGGGCUGACAGAAUCAGAAACAAGCUGAUUUGGAGGAGUGAAAAGAACAAUACACUAUGGCUGUAUGUCCUCUACUCAUGUCCCACUCAUCCUAAUCCUCUCAUAUACUUUCAUCUGUUUGGGGGAGAGACUUGAGGGGUACAGAGUCAUUCAGGGGGAGACCUGCAGUGGCCUAACCUUCCCCCACAUGCUGUAAUUCCCCUCUACGUCAUUCCUGGCAGAGGAUCUGGCCCAGUUAGCAUACCUCUGUGGACAAGAAUAGACUUAGGUAUUACUUCUCCAGGUUAAUUAUCCUUAAUGCCUUCAACUGAUGUGCAUAAAGCUUCUCCUGUUUCUUUUAGAAAGUUCUUCUCUACUCAAUUACUAAUGUUUUCAUUCCUAAUUCAGAAUUUUUUUAAGCCAAAAAAAAAAAAGCCUUUCUCUUGUAGAGAUGAAAUUUCUCUUUAGCUCUUAACACCUCAGAGAGAUCUUAGGAGGUCCUCUCUUGAGGGAAAAUUUCAGGAUAGAGGACAGGAGAGAAAUAACACAAGGGCCCUUGGGGGAAAAAGAUGGUAGAUGGGGAACAUACUUUGCAACUCUUACAACUGUUUUCAGUGGCCAGCCCUGCUAGGCGUUAUGGCAGGAAAAAGCCAGCUUUGUUCCCUGUCUGCUCCUCAGCUCAGUCCCCUCACCACUGUGUAUUAGAGUCCCUGAGAACUCCAAGGCACAGACCCCUUAGGGUUCCUUAGACUGUGCAAGGCUUCCUGGCUUGCCCUGAAAGGGAAAGCCCUUAUGCUCAUCUCAAGAAUUUAUUAAGGAUGAGGGCUUAAAGUUCCAGAGCCUUGCCCUGGCAAAAAUGAAGACGGUAGUUCUUUUCAAGGCUCAAGGAUGCUAUUCAUCUUUUAUGUGUGGUUUGGCCCAUGCACAAUAUGCCAGAUAAUUCACAGAAAUGGUUCAAAUGGAGAUCCCUUUUGGAGUAGGGAGUGGGAGGGGAAAUAAACAUGAUCUCUGUCCCAGAGUACAAUACUGGAAUGCUAUGGCAGUAAGUCUUCAUUGGUAGGUUAAGCAGGAUCACCAACAGACCAUGCAACCCUGGGGCAGAGGAUGUGGGGACAGAGAGAAAGAAGGGAGUUAAACUGGAGCUAGAAGUUGUCAUGAAGGACAAACAUUAGCAAUAGCCUCUGUCCCAGCCAACCAAACCAUCUCUCUGCUCCUUCUGAUAUCCUAGUAUGGCCUCAGAGAAGGCAUAGUGUUAAUCCAGUCUGACUGUAAUCUUGAGGAAGCCAAGGGAAGGGCCUGGUGAAAAAUAAUAGGAACAAUACCUUACAUCUGAGGAGUGCUUCACACUUUUCCAGAAGGCUAUUACUUAAAGAAUUUCAUUCACAUUUUGUAAGUACUAUAUUAGAUAUCCUGGUCAGGAAUAAUAUGUGCAUUUAACAUUCCGAGUGGGAAACUGACAUACAGGGAAUCUAACUAACCCAGUGACCUGUGGCAGGGCCAGAGCUAGAACCCAAAACAGUGGGAUCUUCUGAUUGCUGAUCCAUAGGUUUGUUACUUUCUCAGCUUGAUAAAA